AUGGCCGACCAUUCUGACUCGGAUAUUUCUAAAGCGAUCCGUUCCCAUCCCCUUUUCAGGAUCGUUACGGUAAUUGUUAUUAUAAUUUUGGUAAAACUAUUUAUUUAGCUCUUAGUUCAGAAAUGUGAAGACGCACUUUGGAAUGGCGAUUAUAACACAGACAUCAGCAAUGUGAUCGAGGUAUGUUUAGUUACUUUUAAUUCAUGGCACAAACAAAGCUAAUUAACAAAAUAUACAUAAAUAUCAAAAUACCCGGACAUUUGGCAGACUUGGUAGAAAACUCCGUGCGAACCGUGGUCUCAUCUUCACUGUCAUCGUCUUCCUCUGAUUCUGGCUCUUCCAUUGGAGCUGACUCACUCUUAGUAUUAGCCGUAGAACGAGAGUGCAAGGCUAUCGUCUUCUCUCCUUCGCUUUUGGAGGUGAUCUCGCUACUGUUAGUUGCCUCUAAUUCUGUCAUUACAUCCGCGGUUUCGUUUUGCGAGGAUUCAGUGCCUAGCGACGUCAGAUUGCCCGAUUGUUCAUCAAAAGCUUUAAAGGGUUCAGAGAUCACUCGCUGACUCAGAAUGUCCAAAAUCUGAUGUAAAAGGUCUUGUGCUUCUUUCAAUGUCUGAGUAUUGUUGUGUAAUCCCACCAAUACAUCUAAAGUAUCCAAUCCUGUGGCCGGGGAAGUUGUAGGAGGUUGUUGGGGCGUGGGGGAAUUUCGCAUAGGGAUAGCAGGGGCCGGUGAAGGAUCCAAUCGAGGCGGAAAGAAGGGACGGUAACCAGAGUGUUCCAUUCCUGGGGUGUUGAUGUAUUCGGGUAAUUUAACUCCCAACAUUGGAAAGCUCGGUAAUUUGUUCUGCUUGUUCAAGGUUGGGAUAACGUAGAUGGUCUCCUCGUUAUUUGUCUGAUCGUAUGCUUUCUUCAAUGAAACUUCCAUGUCAUUCUUCCCGAAUUUCUUAUUUCUGUUAAGGAUGUAAUCGAUGACUAGCUUACUAUGCUUACUUUGCGUCCAUUUGAUUUGUAAUUGGCUGCAUUUGAUAUACUGGUACGGACAUAGCGUAGUUGCAGCAAGGCACAACACAACCACAUGCAUUACUUUUUACCGUCCCUAGCUAUCAAAAAUACCGUUAUUCUGAACAAGAACUUACCAAAUUAUAUAAUAGGAUGAAGAGGAACAUCCUCACUUAUAGCUAUUUGAAGGAUGUGGACUCGGAAAAUAUUAUUUUUGAUCGGGGAAGUCGUUCAAUUAGAGACCAUUACAGUUUGUAUACGAAAAGGCAAUUGCACGGUGAAAAGUAAAAAACGGAGUAAAGCAGGAGAGAGCGCGGAACUCGUCCACCUUUAAAGCCGCUAAAGUCAACAAACCCAGUAACGGUGGACGGUGAGAGAAUAUGCAUACUUCGGCAUGAUUACAUGUGUCUGUCGUUUCAGCUUCUCAAGGAAUUCAAAACAAAGCAUUCAGACUUCAAGUGUGAGGAUCCCCAAGUCGAUUCCCUUCUGAUCGAAGCCAUCCUCGAGUUUCAGCGUCAUCUCAGACAGAUCCACCGUUUAUACGCAUUAACCGAAGUAUAUGUUGUACAGAAGAAAGGUGAGAAGCCUCUCAGAUCAAUAAAAUUUGUUUCUUAGAUCAACUGAAAGAGAAAACGGUUAAGUCCGCGGAUCCGUCCCCUUUCCGGGUUAAAUCCCUCCAGGACAUUAUUGAAACGCAAAGACCUCGCAAAAAGUUCACCAUCAACGAAAUUCUCGGUAAUCAAAAUUAUUCAGAAUAA